AUGGCUUCUCAGAAUCUGAAUCAGCUCUUAUGGAAGAUAUUAUGGAGAAAUCUGAAUUGGCUUCUUUGGAUUAUGAAACAUUCUUAUUCCCUGUUAUUCCUCCACUUCCUCCUCUUAACCUCAUUUCUAAUAAGAACUCUGUUUCUUCUUCUGACGAAGAAUUUGUUAGCUUGCCUUCUUCUGCUACCGAUUUCUGCUCCUCUGGUUUAUUGUGUUGUCUCUGGUGCAGAAUUUACAAAUCCAUAUGGAAUUCAUACUACGGCUGCUCCCACUUCUCAAUCAUCAUCUGAUAGAUUAUCUCAAUUUGGUACUGCAAGAGAUUAUCAUGAUUUUGAUAUGCAAAAUGACCUCUUCUGGUAUCGGGAGAAAGAUGAAGAUUUUCCCAUGCCACCUUACUUUGGGAACUCAGAUGGUGUGGGGGAUCCUAGUGAGGACAAGUUUGUUAUGUCCGAGAGACACAGUGCCGCCAAUUGGGAGUGUAAAUCACCUAUAGAUGAAGGGUUGAAAGAUUAUUAUUAUCAUUUGGAUAAACAAAAGCAUCUUGAAGGGAAAGGUCAAUUUAGCUGUUCAUCCCCACUUUGUGCUUGCUGCAAGGGGCCAAAAGGGAUUUAUGGUGAAGAUAUCGAUAUCAACUUAACAGGGACUAACUAUUUUCAGUAUGAACCAACUGGAGAGACGAAAACUAACUAUUUCAUUGAAACAAGUUGCAAUACUGACUGGGUUGGAGAUAUCAAAGGUACCCGUGACCUUCAACCUAAGGCUAUUGAGAAAGAUUACCACUCAUAUGUGCAUAGAGACUAUGAACCAAAAGAUGAUAGACUGGAAGCUUUGGAAGGCAAUGAACCCGAUGAGGCAGCAGAUGAUGAGGGAGGUGCUACUUCAGAUGAGCUUUUGAUGUUUGAAGGAGAAAAUGAGUUUGAAGUAUUUAAUCUGAGAAUUAUACACAGGAAAAAACAGAAAACAGAUGUACUCAUUUGUUAUGCCAUCCACAGGACUGGGUUUGAGGAGAGUAAAGACCUGCCUAUUGUUCUAAAUAGUAUUAUCGCCGGUAGAUACUAUGUAACAGAAUACCUUGGUUCAGCUGCAUUCAGCAAAGUCAUUCAGGCUCAUGAUAUGCACACUGGAGUAGACGUUUGCUUGAAGAUAAUAAAGAAUGACAAGGACUUCUUUGAUCAGAGUUUGGAUGAGAUUAAGCUUCUCAAGUUUGUGAACAAGAAUGAUCCUUGUGACGAGCACCAUAUACUGCGCUUAUAUGAUUACUUCUACCAUCAGGAACACCUCUUUAUCGUUUGUGAACUUCUCCGUGCAAAUUUAUAUGAAUUUCAGAAAUACAACCGAGAAUCUGAUCUAGAGCAUUAUUUUACAAUGAGCAGGCUGCAGACCAUAACUCGACAGUGCUUGGAGGCACUAGUGUUUUUGCAUAAUUUGGGGAUCAUCCACUGUGAUCUGAAGCCUGAAAAUAUUCUCAUCAAAAGUUAUCGAAGAUGUGAGAUAAAAGUUAUUGAUCUUGGAAGCAGUUGCUUUCAGUCAGACAGCUUGUCCUUAUAUGUACAGUCUCGUUCCUAUAGAGCUCCUGAAGUCAUCUUAGGCCUCCCUUAUGAUGCGAAAAUUGAUCUUUGGUCUCUUGGCUGCAUCUUGGGAGAGCUGUGCUCUGGAGAGGAACUAUACGCAAACACUCUAAACAUUUGUAUUGUUUGGUAG